AUGAGCUCGACCACCCCGGAAUCUAUGAAUGGGCUUCAGGCAAAUUCAACGACAAUCAGUGUCAUGAUUCUAGUGCCAAACGACAAGACGAAGGAGAUGCUGGUCCAGGAGCUCUUUUUGUGGCACUUUGGAUCCGAGGCGCCUUGCACUGUGCACCGCUGCCGAAUCGAUGGCCCAGAGCCAUAUAUGGAUAAUGUCAAUGUGGUAGAGAUGGUGCUCGAGUUUGGAGACAGGCGUGCGGCAGACGGAACGCACCCUGGCCGUCGGGCCUGGACUCAGCUCCCAAACGUGGACGAGGACAGUUGCACCGAGAUUGCUAGCGACUCCAACUUCCUCAAUGGAUUAUCUUCAAACGAAGAACGACUCGAAAAGACAAAAAUACGGCGCAACAAUGAUCUUAUCUGCACUGCCACCGAGACUGGUCCAGACGGCUCUCGAGUAGAGUCAUUCCAAAGCAUGAUGAAAGAGUCAUUCAACAACGCUAUCUUGUCUGAUGUCACCAUUUUCGUCAACGGCCUGCGCUUUGCGGCACAUAGCUUUGUUUUGGCUUCUCAAUGCAAAUUAUUCAAAGAUGUUUUUACAACAGGUGGACUGAAGAAAGAGGCCACCAAAGAGUUCCGGUACAAGACGAAGCAUCCGCAUGCCUACUGGCGGAUGCUCGAGUAUAUGUACAAGGGGACCUACUCCAUUGAACCGGCUGCUGAAAUAGCUAAAUCAGAUGACGAUCUCAUUCACAGGCACAUUCACGUCUUCGCCGUCGCCGAGGCUUUCGACAUCCAGGGUCUCCAGCGACUAGCCUGCGACAGAUUCCAGCAAUCCAUUUUGCAGGAUAGAAUGGACAUUGACUUUGUUGCUUGCGUUCGAUUGAUAUAUAAAACCACCAAAAAGAGAGGUAAUUUGCUGAGGACAGAGGUGAUGGAGAUUGUGUGCGGGCAUUCGAAGGAGUUGUGGAAACUGGCGGAACUACAGAAACUCGUCUCUGACGGAGGGGAUUUCACUGUGGACUUUAUGGCCAAGCUCCUGGAAGGCAACUAG